GGGAGUUCUGUCUAUGGUUGGGAGACUGCCGUUCUAAAUCAAAGGAAUACGGCUGGUAUACAGGCAAGGAUGGAGGCAGAUGGCUCUGGAAGCAGCUCUCACUCCUCUACACCCUCCAGGAAGAGUGAUGAGUGUUUGGGUCAAGGAGAAACCUUCACACGAGGAGAUUCUUCUGCUGGACAAUGGACACCAGAGGAGGCAGAGAUCCAUGAGAAACUCAAAUCCACUCUGAAGAGCAAGUUUGAGCAGCUGGUUGAGGGAGUACCCAAUCAGGGAGACCCCAGACUCCUCCAAGAGAUCUACACAGACCUGUACGUCAUAAAGGGGGGAGGAGGAGAGAUCAAUGAUGAGCAUGAGGUCAGACAGAUAGAGGGAGCAUCCUGGAGAAGAGUAGCACAGGACACAACAAUCAAAUGCAGUGACAUCUUUAAGCCCAUACCCAAAUUAAAAGAUAACAGGAGCGGUUUAUCUGUAAAGCACAAACCCAUCAGAACAGUGCUGACUAAGGGAGUGGCCGGCAUUGGAAAAACAGUCUCUGUGCAGAAGUUCAUUCUGGACUGGGCUGAAGGAACAGCCAAUCAGGAUGCCCACUUUGUUUUUCCUCUUCCUUUCCGAGAGCUAAACUUGAUGAAGGAGAAGAAACUCAGUCUGGUGGAGCUCAUUCAAGUUUUUUUCCCAGAAGUAAAAGACCCAAGAGUCUUCACCAGUUCACAGCAUAGAAUCGUGUUCAUCUUUGAUGGUCUGGAUGAGUGUCGACUUCCUCUAGAUUUCCUCUCCAACCCGAGGUGUUGUGAUGUGACCGCGUCAGCCUCAGUGGAUGUGUUGCUGACAAACCUCAUCAACGGGGAUCUGCUUCCCUCUGCUCUCCUCUGGAUCACCACCCGACCAGCAGCAGCCAAUCAGAUCCCUCCUGAGUAUUUGGACCAGGUGACAGAAAUUAGGGGAUUCAAUGACCCACAGAAAGAUGAGUACUUCAGGAAGAGAAUCAGCGAUGAGAACCUGGCCAGCAGAACAGUCACACACAUAAAGUCAUCCAGGAGCCUCUACAUCAUGUGCCACAUUCCAGUCUUCUGCUGGAUUACAGCCACUGUUGUAGAGAGAACAUCAGAAUCAGAGAGAGUAAACAUGCCACGGACUCUCACUCAAGUGUACACAAAAUUCCUGAUAGUUCAGACAAGCAUCAAGCAGAAGUACACAGAGAGAAAAGAGACAGAUGAAGAGGUGAUUUUCCAAUUGGGGAAACUGGCUUUCCAACAGCUGGAGAAGGGCAAUCUGAUCUUCUAUGAGGAGGACCUGAGAGAGUGUGGCAUUGACGUCACAGAAGCAUCAGUGUACUCAGGAGUGUGUACCCAGAUCUUCAGAGAGGAGGCUGGGCUGUGCCACGGGAGGGUGUUCAGCUUUGUGCAUCUGAGCAUCCAGGAGUUUCUUGCAGCUCUGUAUGUGUUCCUCUACUUCAGCAACAGACAGAGAAACAUGCCUGACCAACAGCAAACCUCUCAGCUCUCUGCUCUGUUCAGAGCUGAAACACUUCUUGAUCUACACAAGACUGCAGUGGAACUGGCCUUACAGAGUAAGAAAGGACACCUGGACCUUUUCCUCCGCUUCCUUCUUGGUCUCUCACUGGAGUCCAAUCAGAAUCUCUUAAAACACCUACUGGUGCAGAGCAGUAGCCAAUCAGAUAGCUCAGAACAAACAGCUCUGUAUGUCAAACAGAAGCUCAGAGAUCAACAUGAUCCAAACAGAAGGAUUAACCUGUUCUACUGUCUGAAUGAGCUGAAUCACCAUGCUGUAGUGGAGAGCAUUGACAAGAGCUCAGGAACUCUGUCUGUAGUCAUGCUCUUACCAGGACAGUGGGGGUCUGAGACAUUUGAGUUUAAGAUGUCAGAAGAGCUACUGGCUGAGUUUGACCUGCAGAAGUACAUAAUGACACCAGAGGAAGAUCAGACUGAACUCCUCAGUCCAGAUGAAGUUCUCCAGAAGCUGCUGCCAGUGGUCACAACAUCCACAUCAGCUGUGCUGUAUAACUGUAAGCUGACAGAGAAGAGCUGCUCCUAUCUGGCCUCUGCUCUCACAUCACUCUCCUCAACACUCAGACUGCUGGACCUGAGUUAUAAUCACCUGCAGGACUCAGGAGUGGAACUUUUAUGUUCUGCUCUUUCUCAUCAGAACUGCAAACUGGAGGAACUACGGCUGCAGCGCUGUAACCUGACAGAGAAGAGCUGCUCCUAUCUGGCCUCUGCUCUCACAUCACUCUCCUCAACACUCACACUGCUGGACCUGAGUAAGAAUCUCCUGCAGGACUCAGGAGUGGAACUUUUAUGUUCUGCUCUUUCUCAUCAGAACUGCAAACUGGAGGAACUACGGCUGCAGCGCUGUAUCCUGACAGAGAAGAGCUGCUCCUAUCUGGCCUCUGCUCUCACAUCACUCUCCUCAACACUCAGACUGCUGGACCUGACUAUGAAUCACCUGCAGGACUCAGGAGUGGAACUUUUAUGUUCUGCUCUUUCUCAUCAGAACUGCAAACUGGAGGAACUACGGCUGCAGGACUGUUGGCUGACAGAGAAGAGCUGCUCCUAUCUGGCCUCUGCUCUCACAUCACUCUCCUCAACACUCAGACUGCUGGACCUGAGUGAUAAUCCCCUGCAGGACUCAGGAGUGGAACUUUUAUGUUCUGCUCUUUCUCAUCAGAACUGCAAACUGGAGGAACUACGGCUGCAAUACUGUAAUCUGACAGAGAAGAGCUGCUCCUAUCUGGCCUCUGCUCUCACAUCACUCUCCUCAACACUCAGACUGCUGGACCUGAGUAAGAAUCACCUGCAGGACUCAGGAGUGGAACUUUUAUGUUCUGCUCUUUCUCAUCAGAACUGCAAACUGGAGGAACUACGAGUGGGUGAUGAGUAUAAUCUGCGCACCAUCAGAAAGGAGCGUCCAGCAGCAGCAGCAGCAGCAGCAGCAGCAGCAGCCUCCACUAGCAGCUCCCACUCCUCAGAUGCUGCAGAGCUGCACCUCAGAGACAAAGCCCAGCAGCACCCAGGAGCACAGCUGCCCUCUCUGGACACUCACAAGAAGGAGCACCACAUUGAUGCCCCACAGAGGAGCUGUGAGUCCUGUGCUGAAGUUCCAGACUCCAGCCACUGGGUCCUGGUGAAGCCUGAAGUCUCCACAGAGGAGAGCGUCUCCACCUACAGCCUGAGCUCUCCUGCAGGGAGCUACGAGUGCUCAGAGUCUGGUCUGCGCUGGACGUGUGCUGGUCCAGUCACCCUGCAGUACCACUUCACAGACUGGCAUGUCUUCUCUGAGGAGCUGGCCCACAUGCAGUCCAGACCAGCUGGUCCUCUGAUGGACAUCAGGCCCAUGUCAGGAGAGCUGGAGGAGAUCCAUCUGCCACAUUUCCUCUGUUUGGGGGGUUGUGAGGCGUCUGUGUGUGAUGCUGUGAGGGUCCUGCAUGGGCGGGACAGCGGAGUGUGUGUGGAGGAGUGUGAGCUGACCCGACACCAUGCCAGACUUCUCCACCCCUCCUUCUCUGUUCUUGCAGUUAUCUAUGAUCUCUUCAAAUCUCUGUUGUCUCCCAUGAGGGUCCACUCCAAAGUGCUGGUCUACCAGAGUAGCACAGUAGUUUUCCGUGCCUAUCUUCUGCCUGAGGAUGCCCAUCUGAAGCAGCUGGUCAAGAGAGAUGAGGAGGAAUUCGGGGGGGUUUGGAGGGACAAUCCCCAUCCUGACAGCCCGCUUCAGAUGGAGGCCUUCUACAGCCUAAAGACUGACUGCUCCUCUGACAUCAACCCAGAGAAGCUCACGUUGAGAAAGAGCAAUGACACCCCCAACUUCUUUAGGGUGGAGCUUCCUGAGGCUGCUGCCUCCUUCCACAUGGAGCUGUUCUGCUCUGCAGACAGCAGGGGGCAGUGUGUGUGGAGAGGGAAGUUCCAGUCACGUGAUGAGAGUCCAGCCAGACCACCAGCAGAGGGUCCGGCGAGGGCCAGAGACGCCCAAUCAGCAGUCAGGAUCCCACAGGGAGCAGAGAGCAGCAGAGACACCAGCAGAGAGACCAGCGGAGCUGAGGGAGAGACCAGCUCAGCGUCUGCACCUUCAAGGCAUCCCGAUCCAGGGCAGGAUUUCUUCUCCAAACACAAGGGGGCGCUGGAGACUCGUCUUCCUGUCCUCGCCUCCAUCCUGAUUCCACUCCAGCAGAGGGGGGUUCUGAAUGACCUGGAGCGGGAGCAGGUGGAGAGCAAACCCACCAGCACAGAACGGAACCAUGUUCUGCUCACCAUGAUACAGAACAAAGGAGCCACAGCCCAAAUGGAGUUCUACGAGGUUCUAAAGGAGGCCGAUCUCAAUCUGGUGAACGACCUGGAAAGAACCACCUGAAUCUUACCUUAAUAUUACAGCUGAUGGUAAACCAACUACUAUCUUAAGUAAUAGUACAGCUUUAAAGUCAUUUUGAUGGUAAACUAACUACUAUUAGGGACUACUAUUUGUUGGAAAUUGUACAUUACCUUGUCAGUCAAUGUGACCCUUUGGAGAUUAUUUUUGCCAGUGUGUAAACAAAUUCACAUGUUGCGUAUUCAGAGGGAAGGAUCUGAGCCAUGAGUGGUAUUUACGGCAGUUGUAUAAAAUACAAAUACUCCACAACUGUAGGUGCUUUCUAGGGGUUCUUAUAUCUUGUGCUAACAUGUACAGUAUGCACAGAGCUCUGAAGUUCAGAAGGAAUGUGCGUCACUCUUACUCUUGGGGUUAAUACUGGUGCUGGUGUGUGUUCCUCCUGUUUAUUUUAUAUGAAUGCGUCAGUUUUCAGUAAAUAACUGUUUUUCUUCCAUAUGUUGUUGCCAUUCAUUUGAUCAAUAAGGACCAGUUAGUAUCCUAUUGGCAUGAGUGAAAAACGAGACUUGUGUCUCUCAGAUGAUCUGAUCUCAGGACUCUCGGGUAAACUUUGUCUGGAUUCAUCGUGUAAACCUGUAAUGACCAUGCAGUGGCUCAGGGAAGAGAAAAUAGCCAAAGCUUUUGUAUCAGCAUUGUCCUCCUGAAUGUACACCAUAGUGGCCACGCCUGUCUCUGUAGCCUACUGUGAAUGUAUGCAGGCCACCUGUUAUAUAAUAUGUAUAGAAUUCUGUUGCCUUGUGUGUUCCAACCAAUGACAUGUUUAGAUUUCCGUUGCUAAUAGCGCCUUCAUGCCACAUCAGAUCUUCAGCAAUUCCAACCUCCGAUAGGAAAGAUGACUUGAGCGCAAAGUCGGCUCGUUUUAUUGCUCGGAGACUCGUGCGGAAGGAAAGUGGCAAUCCAAGUCUUUCCUCCUUUUCACUGUUGUUACCUCAUGAGUUACCCUGACGGAGGAACUGCCCUCCACACACUCAUUAUGGGAUGUCCAGCAGAGCAAGAGGAUGUAUUGUUGCGUACACACAGUUUUAGACUCACACAUCACAAGCCCUUGUUCACUUUGUUGUAAGUCUUUGGGGAAAGGUCAGUUAAAUGUCUACAUGUAAAUGUAAAUCUUAGCUCAUAUUCUGUCAUACAAAAUAAACGUUUAGUCUCUUUGA